AUGGAGCACACCAAGAUCGUUAAGGGAGCUGAUGGCACCGUUCUGAGUUGCUCUGGUCAGAUCCUGGAGAGGUGUCGAAGUCAGUGCUGCAAAACGGAAUCGAACAAGGCAACCGUUCCUAAUAACAUACCUACUGAUGACUGGAGGCUGCUAGGAGAUCGAGGUUCCGUGUGGCUCGCAGCUCUAUUCAACAAGAUCGUUGCAGAAGGACGGACUCCAGACGUUUGGCAAAUUCCCGUGACCGUGCCUAUUCGGAAAGGGAAAGGGGACAUUGCUUACUGCACUUCGUACAGGCCUAUACGACUGCUGUGCCAUACGAUAAAGGUUUUCGAGCGUGUCCUGGAAGCUCGUCUGAGGAAGAUUGUCAGCGUUUCAGUCAACCAGUGCGGCUUUAUAAAGGACUGCAGCACUAUAGAUGCUGUCCAUUCUGUCCGUAUCCUACUGGAGAAACAUAGAGAGAAGAAUCGUAGCAUGCAUCUUGCUUUUCUCGAUCUCGAGGAACCUUUCGGACCGUGCCCUACACGAGUUAUGGGUGUCCAUGAGGUCGUAUAG